CGUUGCUGAGGUCGCUGUGUUUUUGCAAAUGAGACCGGCGGAGUAUGUGGAGAGAAUAAAGUGAUCCUCUUGCAAUCUAGGAGCAUCGGCCGGAUAGGUCGGAGGCGCCGCGAUGACUCUGGUGCUGCCCCUGAGUAGCUUCUGCGAGCCCAUUGUCUCCUCCGAAGGAGCCGCCGAGUACCCGCCGCUGUGGGAGUCGCGCUGUUGCAGCAAGGGCAGCCCUGCCUCGGAUGCCGCCGCCGCCUGCAGCAGCAGUAGCCAGGGCCAGGCGCAGCAGCAGCAGCAGCCUCCGGGCGACGGCAGGGCGGCCGCUGGGCAGCCGCCGGAGUCAGGAUCACACCACAGAGGAAUUUCAAAUCCUGUAGCAACAUCCAAGAUCACAUACUUUAAAAGGAAAUAUGUGGAAGAGGAGGACUUUCAUCCACCACUCACCAGCUGUACACCCAAAACAAUCUCUGUCUUUGAGGAGCGGGCACAUAUCCUGUACAUGUCUUUGGAAAAACUAAAGUACAUCGAUGACCCUGAAGUCUACCUAAGGCGAUCGGUUCUCAUAAACAAUUUAAUGAAGAGAAUUCAUGGGGAAAUUAUCAUGCAAAACAACUGGUGUUUCCCGACUUGCUCUUUUGGUGGUGCCUCAGCCCAAGAAUGGUUCAUGUCUCAUGACUGUCCUUAUAGAAAACGUCUUCGGAUGGCAAGGGAGGACUGUGAAAAGAUCCACACCUGCUGUUUUUAUCAAGAAUGUGGCAGCCAUUAUUUGAGUUUACCGUUAUCUACAAAUUCCGCAGUGGGAAAUUCCUCUUCCUCCCCCUCUUCCUCCUCUCCUUCUAUAUCUUUGCCAAGCUGUUCUCAGCAAGUGGAAUAUGGUGUAAGCAGCGCCCCCGUUUACCGGAGUGACGAUCAGAUACAUGCCAAUGAAAUUUUCAUUACUAGUGCCGGGCCACACGGUAAGGCAGUGUUAAGCAAUGAGAAAGGCGGUCAUGAACGAGAACGGGCAACAGACUGGGAACCGAUGAAAAGUGAUCACGGCCCUGACUGUAAAAGUAAAUAUUAUGAUUAUUUUGAGACGGGGCGUGGUGACAAGAGCAACGUGAAUGAAUCUUGGAAGAAAUCCUUACGAAAAAGGGAAUGCUUACCAGGUGGCAAAAUAUGUUGCAGUAAAGGAAGUAAAAUAUGAAGCACCUCCCCGACGUUGGCAGUUCUGAAGCAUGCACAAGAUGUUCCGUUUAUCAAACACC